AUGACUAAAUUAGCAGAAAAAGUUUGUCUUAUAUGUAUUGAUGGAUGGGGGAUUAAUCCAGAGAAAAAUGAUAAAGGAGAUGCUAUUGCAGCAGCAAAAACACCUACUAUGGAUUAUCUUAUGCAGAAAUAUUGUUGGAUGGAGCUUGAAGCCCAUGGAAAUGCAGUAGGCCUUCUAGAAGGAUUAAUGGGAAACUCUGAAGUGGGUCAUUUGAAUAUAGGAGCAGGCCGUGUUGUAUGGCAGGAUUCUGUCCGUAUUGACUAUGUCAUGAAAAAAGACUCUUUUAUGUCUGUAGAAUCUAUUCUUGCCUCAAUGGAACGUUCCAAGGCAGGAAAUGGUCGUUUUCAUAUUUUAGGGCUGGUUUCUGAUGGCGGUGUUCAUUCUCAUAUAUCUCAUCUUUUUCAUCUUUUAGAAGUGGCAAAAAAAGUAGGAUUAAAAGAUGUUUAUAUUCAUUUUUUUAGUGAUGGAAGAGAUACAAGUCCUGUUUCUUCUAUUAUUUAUAUGCAACAACUUUUAAAUAAAAUAGAGGAUCUUGGAAUUGGUGAACUUGCUACUGUAAUGGGUCGUUAUUAUGCUAUGGAUCGAGAUAAACGCUGGGAAAGAAUAACAAUAGCUCUUGAAGCUAUUGUUUAUGGUAAAGGAGAAGUGGAUAGUGAUGUUAUACGUGUGAUUAAUGAACGGCAUCAAAAAAAUGAAACUGAUGAAUUUCUAAAACCUAUUAUUGUUAAUAAAAAAGGAUGUGUUUCAGACGGUGAUACACUUUUUUUUUUUAAUUAUAGAUCAGACAGAGUUCGGCAAAUCACUCAAGUAUUAGGUAUAGAUUCAACGUUGACACCUGUUAAGAUUCCGAAAAAUCUUAGUAUUACAACAAUGACACGAUACAAAGAAGAUUAUCCUUUUUCGGUUGCAUUUUCUCCUCAAGAAAUGACUAAUGUCUUAGCUGAAUGGUUAUCGAAAAAAAAUGUAUUACAGUCUCAUAUCGCAGAAACGGAAAAAUAUGCCCAUGUAACAUUCUUUUUUAAUGGAGGUCUUGAAAGACAAUUUCCCGGAGAAUAUCGUGAUAUGAUUCCAUCUCCCAAAGUUUCUACGUAUGAUAAAGAUCCUAAAAUGAGUGUUUAUGGUGUGGCUGAAAAAGUAUCUGAAAGAAUUUCUGAAAAUAAAUAUCCGUUUGUGAUAUGUAACUUAGCACCUCCUGAUAUGGUUGGCCAUACUGGUGUUUAUGAUGCUGCUAUUGAAGCGGUUGAGCAUACUGAUAAUGCUAUUAGAAUUAUUUAUGAUGCAUGUAAAAAAGAAGGAUAUGUAUUAUUGAUUACUGCGGACCAUGGGAAUGCAGAAGUUAUGAUUGAUAAAAACAAUAAUCCUUUAACAUCACAUACAUGCAACCAUGUUCCUUUUAUAUUAUGUAGUGAAAAGUAUACGCUUCAAAAGGAAGUAGUAGGUGCAUUAUGCGAUGUUGCGCCAACAAUACUAGCUUUAAUGGGGAUAGAAAUACCUGAAGAAAUGUCUGGAGUACCCCGUUUGGUAAAAACAACUCAUUUUCAUAAUAAAUAA